CACCUCUCUGAGCCUUGGUUUCCCCAUCUGCCAGGAUAGUCAUAGAGCCUCUCCGCCAGCGCCCAGGAGGACUCAGGAGCCAGUGGGCAGAAAGUGCUCAGGACGGUGGGUGCAGAGAGAUUGUUCUGUCCCCUCUGCCUCCUGAAACCCAACCCUAACGCUCUGACCACAGCACAGCCGGUCUGGACCCCUGGGGACUUCGGCCUUCCCGGGAGAAGUGGAUCCCAGCCCCACCAGGAACCGAGACAAUGGCCUCGAAGCCCGAGAAGAGGGUCGCCUCGUCUGUCUUUAUCACGCUGGCCCCCCCGCGGCGAAACCUGGCUGUGGCCGAGGAGGUGAAGCCGGCAGCUUGUGAGGCCCGGCCUGGCCGCCCCUGGGAGGCCCCUGCCACCAUGAAGGCGCCCAGGGCUGGCUCGGCAGGGAGGCCCAGUCCUUGGACACCCCCUUCUCGGGCGGCAGCCGCCGUGCCGGCUGUGCCACCCCAGCUUGCCAAUGGAGGAUGUUCUCCCCCUCCUCCUACCUUGGAUGGCGAGGACGCACUGCCCGAUCUGGACCUCCUCCCACCUCCACCGCCCUCCCCUGAUGAGGAGCCCCCUGCCUCGAUGGGAGCAGCACUCAUUUCAGACUUAGAGCAGCUGCACCUGCCCCCGCCCCCACCCCCACCCCAGCCCCUGGCGGAGGGACCUCCGGUCCGGCCUCGGCCCAGCCUCCCCAGGCCCACAGAGGAGGGGCUGCCGCCUCCCCCAGAAGACCCUGUUGGCUUCCACGAGAGAGAGCCAUCCACAGACGUCUGUGCCUUCUGCCACAAGACCGUGUCCCCCCGAGAGCUGGCCGUGGAAGCCAUGAAGAGGCAGUACCACGCUCACUGCUUCACGUGCCGCACCUGCCGCCGCCAGCUGGCCGGUCAGACCUUCUACCAGAAGGACGGGCGGCCCCUCUGCGAACCCUGCUACCAGGACACCCUGGAGAAGUGUGGCAAGUGUGGCGAGGUGGUCCGGGAGCACAUCAUCAGGGCCCUGGACCGGGCCUUCCACCCCGCCUGCUUCACGUGCGUGACCUGUGCCCGGUGCAUCGGGGACGAGAGCUUUGCCCUGGACAGCCAGGAUGAGGUGUACUGCCUGGACGACUUCUACAGGAAAUUCGCCCCUGUGUGCAGCAUCUGUGAGAACCCCAUCAUCCCUCGAGACGGGAAGGAUGCCUUCAAAAUCGAGUGCAUGGGGAGGAACUUCCACGAAAACUGCUACAGGUGUGAGGACUGCAGGAUCCUUCUGUCUGUGGAGCCCACGGACCAAGGCUGCUACCCACUGAACAACCGUCUCUUCUGUAAGCCGUGCCACGUGAAGCGGAGCGCCGCAGGGUGCUGCUGAGGGCACCCACGGGGCCCUGGGGCCGUGAGCCGCCCACUAGCCUUGGACUCGAGUAUUGGCGGGGGGGGGGAACCUUUCCUGACUCAGUUUGCCUUUCUGACCCACUCUUGCACACUUUCCUUCUGAGCCAGGACAGGGACCAGCCUGCAGCUCUGCCCGCCACGUCCGGGCCCCAGGGGCUGAGCCCCCCAGCCCCCUCCCAGCUCAGAGGUGGGCAGCUGGCAGACAGUGCUCCUCACUUUCCACUCCUCCUUCUAGCCUCUGGGCUCUGGAAGGCUUCCAUGCCAGGAACCUCGUGCCUAGGGUUCCCAUCUCCAGGCCUCUAGCCCCUCUCAAGCACUGGCCUUGACCCAUUUCCAUGGGUGAGUUGGAGUGAGUUCUCAAGAUGACACCCCGUGUCCCUAGCAAUGACACUUCAGCUGUUCCAUAGGGAAUACUAAGACCAGCCCUGGCUUGCAGGACUGAGCUGUUUGGGUGAACCUCCAGGGUCCCUUAAAAAGCCCUUUUUAAAAGAAUUUGAGAUGGAAAUGGUGAGAAACAUUCUUUGGAUUUGGGGCGAGGUGGGGAUCUUGAUGGGAAAUGUCUCAUAAAUGUACAAGAAUGUGGUGGAGAGGUGGCAGCCAUGGACUUCUCACCUGGAGGACAUGUCAUGCUGACAUGGGGGCCAGACCCAGGUAUGAAGCUGAACAGCAGGGGCAGGAGGAGAGGGUGGUACACACCGGUAGA